CUACUCAUAUUUAAGAUGAUUGCACCGUCGCGCGACUUCCGGGUCUCGGAGGCAUAUGAUUGAUUUAUCAGGCUGGUUCUAGAAAGAAGCGGGAAGGAAAAAAAAACCCUGGGAGGCGAUUAUUGAGCAAGGUGGCAUUCUUAUGUGACCAAUUUCGAGUUCAGGGGCGGGCAGGUACAUGCUUCCCUGGAGUCUAUAAAUUAACUGCAGAAAGGCAACAAGAACCCACUUUGCUAUUUCAUAUCGCAGUUUGAUUUCUGGUGUACCCUACAUUCGAAAAUCGACCAUGGAGUCCGCAAUUUCAGAACACCUGACCCUUAAAUGUGGGCUGCAAAUGAAGAAUCGUCUGGUGAAGGCUGCAAUGGCAGAACAUAUGUCUGAUAGCGACAACUUGCCCACUGAGCUUCAUAAUCGCGCUUAUGCCGAGUGGGGACGCGGCGGCUGGGGGAUGCUUUUGACAGGAAACGUCCAAGUUGAUAGAAUGUACCUUGGAGAUGCGCGUGACGUUGCACCAAACCCGGCUAUCGAGCCAGAGUUGAUCCGCAGAUGGAGCGAGUGGUCCGCUGCUUGUACCAAGCACGGCACGCCAACAGUCAUGCAAAUCUGUCAUCCUGGAAGGCAAUCUCCCACGGGUGCUGGCUCAAGGUGCCUCACAGCCAAAAAUGUAGCGCCUAGCCCCAUUCCUUUGAAUCUUGGUUCGAGGAUCAUAGAUAGGGUCGCGACCUCGGUGAUUUUUGGUACCCCGAGGGAAAUGACCCAGAAGGAUAUCGAUCGUGUGGUUGAGCAGUUUGUUUAUACGAGUCGUUUGGCUUCACAAACGGGAUUUCAGGGGGUGGAAUUGCAUGCUGCCCAUGGGUACCUUCUGUCGCAGUUUCUUUCGCCCACGGCGAACCUACGGACUGAUCAGUAUGGCGGUUCGCCGGCUGGUCGUGUGAAGAUUAUUGUCGAUAUCAUUCAUGCGAUUCGCAAAGCGGUCCCAGCUACUUUCUGUGUGGGCAUAAAGUUGAAUUCGGUCGACCAUCAAUCCGAAAGUGCAUUGAAGGCCUGUGUUGAGCAGCUCAAGCUGAUCGUUGAGGCGGGAGUGGGCUUUGUUGAGAUCAGUGGUGGGUCGUACGAGGAUCCCCAGAUGAUGAGUUCUUCCGCAUCAAAUAAACAGCCCGAGAAGUCCGCUCGGACGGUGGCUCGGGAGGCAUUCUUUCUGGAGUUCGCCAGCGCUAUCCGAGCGCAAUUCCCAGGGACUCCAUUGAUGGUGACGGGCGGCUUCCGUACUCGAACCGGUAUGGAGAAAGCACUGAUUGAUAAGGAUUGCGACAUGAUAGGGAUUGGACGUCCGGCAGUUCUUAAACCCACGUUACCGAAUGACAUCCUCUUGAACCCAGAUGUCCCGGCAGAGAGCGCGCGGCUUGUCACGCAACAGAUAAAACAGCCUUGGAUCCUCAAGAUGUUGAGCAAUAGAUCGGUUGGAGCCGGCCUUGAGAGUACAUGGUAUAGUAGCCAGAUAGAAAGACUCGGUCGCGGGCUUGCCCACACGACUGCGUGAGACUGUUGCGGGCGCUGCGGCCUUUGUGCCAGUAUGGCUGACUCGUCUUAUGCUAUAUAUUGCCAAUUUUUCUUAAACGCUCAUGAGUAUGGGUAUUGGCGUGGAUCGGAG